AUGAACAUAAUCAGGGUAUUAUAUCGGGCAUAUGAAUUUCCGAUCAGAGAGAGGCACGUUAAUCCUGAAAUUCUCACAGAUAGUGAAUGUGCGCUGCGUUUGACACUACCGCGUUUUUCGCGCGCUAAACUAACAUACAGCUACCUUCGUUGUGAUUGGUCAGCUCAAUGGCACUUCAUUGAAUAUUUCAAAGUGAACAGCAAUUAUUCUACAUAA